AUGGCCUUAGAAAUGCGAAAUCACCGGCGCGUAUUUAAAGGCAAUCAUCGACUCCAGUCGAACACAGUUGAUUUGAGCUUGCGAAAGAUGUGCAGCACCGGACAAUGCACUCGUCUCGGCGCCGACCCAAACGUCGUCUACCCCGUCAAAGCUACAACCUGCUGCAAGACGCGCUAUACCGUCUUAAGACCAGAGUACUACGAAUGCACGCGUUGCUACGAGACUUGCACACCGUGCAACGUGCCAUGCGCUCCAAAUAACUCUCCGUGCGCGACUGCUUGCGGACCGCAGAUGUGCUGCGCCGGUGGCGGCGGUGGUGGUCCAGUCGGUGGUGGUGGCUGCUGCCGCUAA